UUCGAUAUCAGUCAAAGUGAUUCUCAAAACGUCUCAAUUUCUCUCGUCCUGGACACGUGCUGAAAGUUCAGGAGCUCUUUCCCAGGAUAUCCGGGGCUCUGGAAAAUCGUCGUGAGUGGCAAUUGGUGGGUGAUUAAGUGUAAAAUGGGGGGUGAGAGUAAUUUUGCGUGUAAGUUGGCUGGGAUCGUGGGAAUUUGUGCUGUUUCUCAAGUAGGCUUUGUGCUCGUGCACAAGUGGCUGAAAUUCCGGGCAAUAUCCAGGGAUCCUGGAGGUUCUCAUCAGGUGUUCUUUGUAAAUCCAAUCGAGUGUGGGCCCCAGUGUCGCGAGAGGAACUGCCGGCGGUCGAAGAGGCUCAGUCACGGGGAGAUUUUCCACGAAAUCUCCAAGCGGAUCGAUACAGCGAAAUUUUCCAUUGAUUUGGCCAUUUACGUUAUAACGUGCAUGGAAGUGGCGGAGGCUCUCGGAAGGGCCCGUAAUCGCGGUGUCCGGGUGCGUGUAAUUGCGGACAACUCCUUAGCCCAUUCCACAGGUUCCCAGAUUGGCGUAAUGAUGAAAUACUUUCCCGUGCUCCUGUUCAACUGUGCUGAUGGUUUAAUGCACCACAAGUUCUGCCUCAUCGAUGCACCACCAUUGGAUCCCCCGCAAAUGGAUACAGUGUUUGGAGGAAGUGUUAGAAGUGCAUUGAAAUGUGUUUCAAAGUGGUUCCAAUGCGAAAGUGCACGUGAAUGUGAAGAAAAUGGUAUUCUCAUCACGGGAUCUCUCAACUGGACCAUGCGGGGAUCGACAUCCAAUUUUGAAAAUGUGAUUAUAACAACCAGUAGUGCUCUUAUUCGUGAAUUUCAGAGUGAAUUCGAGAAUAUAUGGACCCAUCUGUCUGCUGAUGGCCUUUGAAGACCUGAUUUUUCCAUGGGGAAAGCAUCGUGCAGACUUCUUCAGAUUUAUGGAUUAUUGUCACAUAGAUUUAAUGCAAAGAGUAAUUGAAUUGUAUACAAAAUAUUCUCACCAUUUCACACAAAUUAUUGAAUUGUUUGCGCAAAGUUUUAACCUUUUUGGGGUUUUUUUCUCCAAACUUGUAAUAGACAGAAUUUAUAUAUUGUGUGUCGACAAGUGAUUAAAAAAGUAUUAAGCUCUUUAUAUUACAAAAUUAAGCUACCCUGACAAUUUAUUGCUUAUUUUUUUUGUAUAUCAUUGUCAACUCAAUAGGAUAUUACAUCUCAUCAAAUGGACACAUUUAAUAGAGAGACAAAAAAAAGAGAUGAAAUGUUUAUCAAAAAUUGGAUGGUACUGUAAAUUGAAAUAUAAAAUUUUGGUGCUAUUUUUUUCCCAAAAUUGUAAAGAAAAAAAGAAGUCAAGAAUAUAAAAUUUUAAUGAUUUACUUUAUAUUGAGCGCAAUAAAGCAAUGAAUGCUGUUUGCAAAAAAAAAGGUUAGCGAAACUGCUUUCACAUACAACUUUGCAACAUCAUAAAAUUCAUAUCAUUCUCUUAAUUAAUUUCUUUUCUGUUAAUUCUUUAUUGGCUUCUUAAUUCUGAAUUGUGUAAAUAUAUUUGAAAAGCAUAAAGUUAUUGGAUUGACCAAUAUGACAAAACAAAAUUGAAAUAUGUUUAAUAUAUGAAAUAAAAUAAUAUCUUGAAUUUCAUUCCAUCCCUUUCACUGCCAUUUUUCCCUUUUUAUAUUUCACCUGCACUGAAAAAGAAGUCUAAAAUUUUAACCUAGAAAUUGUUUAAAAUUCUCUAUUUUUCCCACAAGGGACCCAAGAGAUGCAUUUUAAGAAGUAAUGACUUUGUCACACCUUUUAGUUCGGUAUAAUUUCAUGAAAUCAAAAUUUGCGUCCCUUUCUCUCUCAAACUAUUUGCAUAAGUUUAUCUCAUUCUUUCCGAUUUAAAAUUGAACUGAAUUAAAUUAAAUUUGAUGUGAUGUUCAAGAGAAGAAGAAAAAAGUAGGAUAGACAAGAAAGAGAGGGAUGUGAAUUUUGACUUUUGGGCUCAUUGGAAUGGUUUUGGAAUUUCUGACAAAAGUGAACCGGUUCCAAUUGGUUUUGAACCGCUAAUGAACCGGUUUAUAACCGAUAAGUAAUUUUUAUUCGAAAUUCAAUUAUAUUAGUCCUAAGUUAUUUUGAGUAAUGUUUUAUAAAUCCGUUCAAAUUAGUUGUGAACCGGUUAUGAACCGAUAAAUAAUUUUUGUCCUAAAAUCAAUUUUAUUACUCUUAAAAUUAUUUUGUAGGAUCUUUCUCUCUUUCUCUCUUGUAGGAGCCUGGAAAGCUUUGCCACCUUUUUUUUUUCAAUAUACAAUAUUGAAUUUAAAUUAAGCAUUUUGACUAAUUUCUUGAAAAGAUUUUUUGAGAAAUUUCAAUUUUCACAGAUAAAGGGAAUAAUGUUUGUUAUCAUCUGUAAAAUAUUCGACUCUAUUUAAUCAUGAUAGUCUUGACAUGCGCCACAUAUAUGUUGAGUUAACAAUAUUUAAAGUGAAUCUUAUUUUUUAAAUGCUUACCUAAUUAAACUUAGGAUAUUUAUUCUACAAAAUGUAGGAAAAUUUUCGAGAAUUUUUAUUCAAUUUGCCUGAACUUUUCGAUUUAAAACUUGAAAAUUGAAAGUUGAGAACAGUAGUCAGCGCCAGUCGCGGCAUAAAACAAUGACCUCAAGCGGAAGAAAAUGUCACCAGUGUCAGUGAAUUUUCAUUGUUAUUGGCUCUCUCGAAAAUAAUAACUCGAAAAAAAAAAAAUUGCGAUAAUAUGUAAUGGAAAAAUAAUAAUUGGGGCAAUCAUCUUAUUGAUGAACCCCUAAUAAAAAAAAAAAAGAAAAA